AGAGGAGCGCCUCUCGCCAUGGAGGUGAUGAGGUAUCAGUUCUCCAGGUCAGCCAGCAGUUCUGAAGAAAGGGUUGUCACUCACUAUAGCGAGGUCUCGCUACUGUUGGAAGAUAGGCCAGAUUUUCCGGAAGAGCUCCGGGGUGCCAAGAAAGGGAUACUGUACCUCACCCAAUACAAAAUGAUAUUCCAGCACAAAGAUAAGGGAUCGACCAUCAUUCGUUUCCCGCUUCAGCUUAUAGAAGGUUGUUUGCUGGAGGAUGAGCCUGGCUCCGAACCCCAGUGCAUCAAAGGAACCCUGACCUCCAGCCGGGGGGUGGUGUCCUUCAAGCUGAUCUUCCGGCACGGGGCUGCGGAAUGCCUAAACACGAUUAAAGAUCUGUCCGAAGCAGACAUGCUGAGAGAGGGCAGCAACCUCCAGGAAUACCCCACUGCCUCGAUCUACACCUAUGCCCACCCCGCGGCACCUCGGUCAGCACGUUCUGUCAACGUGUUCCCACUGUGGCCACCCCCGUACCCUGGCCCUCCGGACCUCCCCCCUCCUUAUUCCGAAGUGGAAGUGACAUCCCUGCGAGGAAACCAAGGUCCAGAAAUCCAAGAGGGCUGCUGCCGCUGCAGAAGGCAGCAAAUCCAGAACCAAACGAACAGGCAGGACUAA